AUGAAUUACAUUUCAACAAAGAUUUUCUCACCAUCCACUUUAAGAUUGACCUCUCAAUUUGUUGUUAGAUCAAAUCAAUAUGGAUACCUUUCAACAAUGACAAGUAGUCGUAACAAUAUUGUUAAUAGUAUUUCAUCACAACCAAUUUUAAUUUCAAGCAACAAGAGAUUUAUGACAACUGAAAGCAAACCAGCUGCUGAAGAAUCGACCAAGACUGAAGAAAAGAAAGAAUUAACAUUGGAAGAACAAAUUAAAGAUUUAAAGACUCAAUUGGAGGACAAGCACUCUCAAUUGUUAUAUAUUGCUGCCGAUCGUGAAAAUGUUCGUAAGCUCGGCAAGGAAGAGACAGACAAGGCCAAAAAGUUUGGUAUCCAAUCGUUUGCAAAGGAUUUGGUCGAAGUUGUCGAUCAACUCGAAAUGGCCUUGGCCCAAUUCAACGAAGCCCAAUUAAAAGAAAAUGCAGACCUCAAGUCACUCCACGAAGGUGUUCAAAUGACCGAAAAAAUAUUCCUCAAGAUCAUGGGCAACAAUGGUCUCGAAAGAUUCGAUCCACUCGGUGAAAAAUUCGAUUACAACCUCCACAAUGCCAUCUUUGAAAUCAACGAUCCAACCAAGGAAAACGGAACCGUAGGUCAUGUCGUAAAGAAUGGUUACAAAUUAAAUAAUCGUUUGGUUAGAGCUGCUCAAGUUGGUGUUGUUAAAUCAAAACCACAAUAA